AUGCAUAAUAAUCACAUAUUUGAAGAUGAUGAUAUAAUUCUGACAGAUAGGUUUUUAAGUGAUGAAAGCAGUGAAAAUGAUAAAAGAGAAAAAAAAAAAUAUAUUAAAGAAAAUAAAAAAAAUAUAGAAAAUGUUUCAAAUGUACUAUUAAAUAAUAAUUUUAAUAAAAAUGUGGGAAUGAAAAGAAAUAAUUCUAUUUUUAAUAAUGAAGAAAAUAAGGAUAAAAAUUAUUUUACUAAUAAUGAUCUUAUAGAACAUAAAAAUAAAUCAUUAUUAAAAGAUAAAUCAAACGAAUUUAGUUUUAACAAACAUAAUUAUUCAAAUACAAGAUAUGAUAACAAUGUCACAGGAAAUUAUUUCGAUUUCGAUAAUUAUUAUGUAUCUAAUAUGGACAAUACAAAUAAUCCAGAAAAGGAAAUUUAUAAAUAUGAUGAAAAUAUAGAAAUAGAUGGAAAAAAUAAAAAAAAUAAUAAACGCUUAAAAAGAAGUACUAGAGUUUGGCAUGAUUCAGAUGAUGACAUUGAUGUUAAAAAUGAACAUCUUGAUACAUACGGAAAUUAUUUAAAUGAAGAAAAAUUUCAUAGUGAUGAUUCUAAUGAAUUUAAUUAUGUAGAUGAAAAAGAAGAUGAAAAUUUAAUAAGGAAUAUAGAAGCACAUGAUAAUGUUUUUGAAGAAUAUAUUGAUGAACAUGUUCAUAUGGAAAACAUUUCUUCAAACACUAAUAAAGAUGCUAUUUCUCAUAUUCAAGCUGAUGAUAUUUAUAUUUUUGAUGAUGAGAAAAUAGAUAUGCAUAUACAAAAAAAAAAAAAAUGGAAUAAAAAAAAUGAUAAUAAUAUUUUUUUAAAAUAUUUUUUACAAAAAUUUACCAUACAUCAAAUAGAAGAAAAAAAAGUAAAACAAUUAGUAUGCUUACCAAAAAGUAAUUUGAUAUUUCCUGUAUACAAUUUAAAUUUAUACAUGUUGAAAUAUGAAGAUAAUAGUUUAAAUAUAUCCAAAAAAAUAUCCUUUAAAAGAAAAAUCAAAUAUGUACAAGAAUAUAAGGAUAAUUUAUAUAUUCUGUCUUAUGAUAAUUUCUUAAGAAAUUAUAAUUUGGAAAAGGGGCUUGUGUACAAAAAUAGAAUCCAUUAUGAUAAAUUAGACAUAUCUCUACCAAGAGAAAUAAAAUUUGUUGAUAAAAAUACAGAGGAUGAGAAUAAUACUUCAAGUUCUUAUUUAUUUUCUCUAUCGUUUCAAAAUAGUGGUAAAAUAAAUGUAUAUGAUUCAAGGAGUUAUGAUAUUAUUAAGACAUUUGAGAUGAGUAAUAAAUAUGUAGGUAUGAAUUUUCAUAAAAAAAGUAAUAGUCUUUUUGCUUUAGAUGAAAAAGGAUAUUUAUAUAAUUGGUGCUUGAAUACAAAUAAAUUGAUAGAUAAAUUAGUAGAUAAUUAUUCUAUUUUCCCAUCAUGUUUAAAUAUUUAUAAUGAUUAUUUAAUAACGGGUUCAUGUAACGGUUUUUUAAAUUUGUUUGAUAUUAAUAAUUUGAAUACACCAAUAAAAAGUUUUAAAAAUUUGACCUUACGAGUUCAUGAUAUUGUAUAUAAUCCUUCACACAAUAUGCUUUUAUAUUAUACAGAUAUAAUGAAAAAUGGCAUAAAAUUAAUUGAUCUAAAAACUAAAUAUGUUUAUUGUAAUGUCCCAUGGUUUAACAUUAAUGUUAAAUAUAAUAUAUAUGCAGCUAAUUUUUUUAAUAAUGGGAAUAACCUUUGUUUUGCAGUCUCAAGCAAUUCGUUUUAUGUAUAUAACAUAUACUAA